AUGAAGAGGGCGCUGCUGGUGAUACCGUUAUGCAUUAAACUUCUAGCCUGCCUAUUCUUCCUACCGUGUUGUGAAAAUGUGGAGGCAAAAAAUGUGAAGGUAGAUCUGGAUGAUGGAAAGGUAUACACUAUUCUGUACGAACCAAAGAAGGUAAAAUUUUCAGACCUUGAUCCUCUUAAAAUUAUGUUUCACUCUAGCCAUGUAAAGCAUUCCGGUAAUUCAGUAAUUCGCUAUUUAAUCAAAAUGACAUCAAGAGAUUUGAAUAAAAUGGAUUAUGUAGUAAGGCAUGUUGAGAUUACUUACGAUAAACCACUAAAAUAUGAUGACAGUUAUAAAAUAAUAGGAGGAAUAACUUCCUAUGGAAAUACUUCUUUAAGGAUAACUCUAUUUGGGACAAACUCGAGCAGUAGAAAUGGAGGUAGCAGCAACUUGGACGUUAAAAAUAUUUUGCGUAAUGGGGCGUGUGCGCAUUUGGAUGAGGCGGCUAAUGGUGAGGAGGGCCAUGAAAAGGCCUCUACCUCAGGGGCACAGAACGAAGAAGGGGACUUCAAAAGUGAACACAACGAGAUGGCCACAAAAAGGGAUCCAAACAAAAAGGCCACCAAAAGUGAUCACCAUGUAGAGAAGCUUCUUGCAAAAUGCAAAGAAGAUAAUGCCGAUGCAGUUAUCAAGCUAUGUAGGAACAAAAUGAACGAAAUCGCAUCACAGAAAAAUUGUGUAAAUUAUUUUACUGCUCAUUAUACUCUAGUUCGUGUAAAUAAAGAAGGAGCGAAAGAACCUAUUCAGGAAAAAUACAAAAAUGAGUUUCCGCCAAUCAAAAUUGAAAAAUUGAAGGAGUUA